UGCAGUGAGCAUCUGUAUACGAUGGGGAGUGUUCGGCCGUCAUAUUUCCAAAUUCUAUUUUUUCUAAUAGCAGCUUUAUUAGAAUGCAAAGUGGUGACACACAGACCCUGCAAGGUCCAUCGGUUGAACAUAAACUAUGUUCAGGGUGACAAUAUGUCUAUUUCUUGCCUAACCACAACCCACCCGCUGGAGUCUCUGACAGUGACACUAAGCAGGACAAACCCGCUUCAACACAUCCUAAAGUAUUCAGACAACUCUUCAGCAUUAGAGCAUCAGAGAUGGUCUGUGAGAAAUAAUGCUGGAAAUGUUACACUUGAUCUGAAAGAUAUCAGUUUAUCUGAUCAAGGUCAUUAUGAAUGUGAAGUCUACAAAGAUUGGGACUGCCUUAAAGCAACUAUUUUUAACCUGGGGGUCAAAGAGUGUAAAACUUUGGAUUCUGUCCAUGCAACUCCAGACUCUUCAGUGUUGCUGCCAUGCUCUGAACAUCCUCUACAAUUCAGAACUGAUCAAGUAACUUGGAAAAUCUUUCAUGGUCACCAACAAACAGAAAUAGCUCAAUAUCGACCUCCACACAAGCCCUCAAACAGCAUAGAGAGAAGCCCGAGGCCUCUGUAUGAGAGAGCGAAAACACUUGGGAAUGGAUCUCUUCUUAUAAGGGUUGCAGUAAACACUGAUGGAUCAUGGUAUCAGUGCAGAGUGAGUGAAAAAACCUGCUAUGAGGUGAAGCUCGUCAUGAAAGAAAUAGGUGAUCUGGAAAUAGGUGAAGAGAAGUUUUAUUCAACUGCAACAUUGGAAACACUUUCCACAAUAUUGUUAGCCACAGAUGUUUCAACCUCAGCUGACAGUCCUGUUGUCCAGACUGAAGGCAACAUUGAUGCGACAACUAAUCUGAUAGCAGUGGUGAUGACCGCAAUAGUGUCUCUGUGUGUCCUCACAUCACUGAUCUUAUGUGUGAUUCUUUAUUUCAGAAAACAAAGGCGCAAUAUCAACAGCCAAAUUGAAUUGAACUGCUGGUCUUCCGUAUCUUAUUCUGAAAUUCCAGGAGGGUUUGAUGCCCCAUUCUAUUCUUUUGUUGAAUUUAACACAUGACCUUGCAACUCUUGCAACACAUGAUGACUGACAUAAUUUUUUUUUCACAAUUUAUGCUAUAUGCACUGCCAUAUUUUAAAUUCUGUUGGUGUACGAACGAACAGAAGCUUCUGCAUGCAGACCAGAUGAGGUGUAUGAUGAUUUUAAUUAAUUACUGUUUUGAUUGUGCUUUUUUUCUGGUGUUAAUUUUUAGUCUUUGAGAAAGUCUUCAAUUAGUCAUCUGUCACAAAUUAUAUUAAAGGGGGAGAAUCAGUUAUACACAAAUGUUUUAGGUAAUAUUUCAUAUAACUGAACUUUUAAAAUAUUUUUUAUCAAUUAUAAAUGCAUUUUUUUUUAUUCUAUGAUGUUCUUUAAGGUCUACUUAUAAUGUUAGCAAG